AUGGGACGACUUACAAGAGCGUUUUCCAGAGCCAAAGACACCGAUAAGCAGAAAGAGGCUGCAGUCACUAUCGAGCCUGUCCAGAAGAGCCCAUCGCCGCCUCCUCCCACUUAUGAGCAAGCCAGUCGACAGGAACAACAUGCACACUACCCUCCGCUGGUAGCCAGCAGUAGUGUGCAGCAAAGUCCAGAUUUACCCAGUCCGGAGGAUUGUGUAGCACAUCUGAAGUUGCUUGAAUGUUUCUACCGUUUGAGGCAGGACAUUGCCAGUACCAACGGUCUCUUUGGCAUAUCUUGUAAUCUCGUCGAUGAGCUGGAUCAUGGAGCAUCGUGUGCCGGCCCUCACAAGGACAAAAACAACGAAAUCAUUACUCUCCUCGCAGAAAAGAGAUGGCAAGUCUACGUCUCCCGGGCGGUCGAGCGUUUCUCAAGGUGGAGAUACAGCCUGGAGCCGAGUUCUGAUUGCUAUACCCUUGCUCAAGCCAUCAAGACGAAAGGACAGAUAUUGGCCGACCGCGUGGACACUGAGACGGCUAAACCAUUUUCUUUCGAUACUGAGAAUCUACCCCCCAUUGAUGUGCUGAUGGUCUGGCAUGCAUACACCCUCAACCCGAGAGCAUACCUGGAAGACUGUCUACGUGAGGGUCGGAUGCGCUUGUGGCAUACACCGUUUCCAUUACAGGCGGUCGCCAAUCACAUCGAUCCUUCGACUCAUCACUACGAAGUGACCAAGCACGUGAUGGUCAGCUUCACAGAGCAGACUGGGCUCGGCUGGGACAACCUAGAUGACGUCCAAUCUCUGCUCAGUGCCUGUCACGGAUACGCCGACAAGGGUUUCACCUUGACUUGUCAAGAAUGCAUGUCCGAAAUUACGCACGACUACCUCUGUGUAGGGAAGCUCCGCAAGGACUUGGUGAAUCUCAUCGAACGUGAUGCGGUGUUACCAGGAAAUAUUCUGAGCAAAAACGGGCUACCGACCAAAGUUGGCAAAGCCUCGGACAUUGGCAGCUGGUCUUUCUCCAUAUUCCCGAGCAAGCUGAUGAAAAUGGGACUGGGCAGACGGAUCCUCGAUCUCAAGGGCUCCGACAUGCAGAUGUCCAGUGUCCGCGAAGUCAUCGAGGAGUAUCUCUCCGUUACAGAACUGGUCAAGCAAGCGAAACACUACAAAGGCAGCUCCAAACUAUUCCCAGACGAGGCAUUGGCUCUUCGUCGAAUGAUGUCAAGGUAUUGGGAAAACUCGUCGCCCUUUGCUGUCGAUCUCGUCGGUGCUGUGAUACGUCAAGGCUCUUUCGUGAGCAAGAUGGCCGAGAUCGAUUGGUUACAUUCGCCUGGUCUCUCGAGCACUAUACCGCGUCUGAUACGCAAGUAUUCGCGAUUCAUCGCCAUCAUCGCCAGGUACAACGUGAUGGCCGUACCCACGCUCGACGUUGAUCUAGCAUGGCAUACACACCAACUCAGUCCAUCGAAAUACCUUCAACACACCGUCGCCCAAAGCAAAACCUUCAUCGACCAUGAUGACAAGGUGGUGGAGGCCAGACUCACAGAUGCCUUUGCCGAGACCAGCAAGAUAUAUCAAAAGUUGUAUGGAGAGCCAUACUCGGAGUGUACAUGCUGGUACUGCGAAGCAGUGCGCGAGUCACACACAUCGACCGCAUCACGUCUGUUCCGUACCAGCAACGCCACCGCGGCCGACAACCUCCACUCUGUACCUUCUGAUCCCAAGAAGUCCGUCCACAUAUCUACUCACAAUGCCGUAAGACCAACCGGCGACAAGGCAUACGACGAAGGGGUCGCGAAGCGCCUUGCCGAGCUCGAAAAAGCAUAUGACAAGGCCUGUGAGCGUGCUGAUAAAAAGGGCAAUCCUCGUCCCAGGAGAGACGACUACUACUACUCUGAUGCGUAUGGUCAUCCUGUGUACAUCCCGAUGUAUGCUCCCUACUAUGGAAUAAUGCCGUAUACACCAGCGGUCUACCCUGUCAAUCCUGGAUGUAUGGCGGUAGGUGCGGGUGCGGUAGGCAAUUGUUGUGCAGGGACAUGUGGUGCGGCUGCUGCAGCUGGCGGAUCAUGUGCUGGUGGUGCCAUGGGUGCAGCGUGUGGAGGAAUAGGAACAACAGGAGGAGGUGCUGCUUGUGGCGGAGGAGGAGGAGGUUGUGGUGGAGGCGGUGGCGGUGGCUGUGGAGGAGGAGGCGGUGGAUGCUAG